AUGGCUGCACUGUGGGUCCUGGUGCUGGUGACUGCGGAGCUGGGCUUGACCAGAGCUAGCCCUGUUCCCACUUCCAAGCCUGCCACAACCAGGAGCGGCUGCAACUUUAGCAGGUUCAAAUCUCUGUCACCAAGGGAGCUAGCGGCCUUCAAGAAAGCCAAGGAUGCCUGGGAAAAUUCACUGGAAAACUGGAACUGCAGCUCCCGCCUCUUCCCCAGGACCCGGGACCUGAAACAGCUGCAGGUGUGGGAGCGCCCCAUUGCCUUGGAGGCUGAGCUGGCCCUGACGCUGAAGGUCCUGGGGACCAUGGCUGACUCGUCCCUGGGUGACAUCCUGGACCAGCCACUUCACACACUGCGCCACAUCCACUCGGAGCUCUGGGCCUGUAUCCUAGCUCAGCCCACAGCAGGCGCCCGGCCCCGGGGCCGCCUCCACCACUGGCUGCGCCGGCUCCAGGAGGCUCCAGAGAAGGAGUCUCAAGGCUGCCGCGAGGCCUCUGUUAUGUUCAACCUCUUCCGCCUCCUCAAAAAGGACCUGGAAUGUGUUGCCAGCAGAGACCUGUGUGUCUAA